UCCCCUAGCGUAUUCUAAGAAGAGAUCAUCCCUCGGUGCUGCGUGGUAGAGAGUUGCGUAUAGCUGUAGAGGAGAGUGAGGAGAGGAGAAGCGUUCUGUGUAGAGGGGACACCGGGAAAGCGUAAUCAAUGAGGGUGCAAGCAAUAUUUAUAUAGAAGGCGGAUUCCAAACGUUGAAACACCCUCAUAACGGAAGGCUGAUAAAGGGGGGGUACAAGCGCUCGUUUCUGAGUGAGAACGCUUUCCCUCAUUUGUUUCUACUAAGAAGGAGCGACCGAAUCCCUUGCAAUCAUGGGGAACCGGGGGAUGGAAGACCUUAUUCCUCUUGUGAAUAAAAUGCAAGAUGCCUUCUCUGCUAUCGGUCAGAAUUCCCAGUUGGAUCUACCUCAAAUCGCUGUGGUCGGCGGGCAGAGUGCAGGGAAAAGCUCGGUGUUGGAGAACUUCGUUGGGAAAGAUUUCCUUCCCCGUGGCUCUGGCAUCGUCACCCGCCGUCCCUUGGUCCUCCAGCUGAUCAACUGUCCCACAGAAUAUGCAGAGUUCCUUCACUGUAAGGGGAAGAAGUUCACAGACUUCGAUGAGGUUCGUGGGGAGAUCGAGGCGGAGACGGACCGCAUCACUGGGCAGAAUAAGGGAAUCUCACCUGUUCCAAUAAAUCUCAGGGUCUACUCCCCGCAUGUCCUGAAUCUGACUCUGGUGGACUUGCCGGGGAUGACCAAGGUCCCAGUAGGGGACCAGCCUGCGGACAUUGAGCAGCAGAUCAGAGACAUGUUAUAUCAGUUUGUGACCAAGGACAACUGUCUGCUGCUGGCUGUUUCCCCGGCCAACUCUGAUCUGGCCAACUCGGAUGCCCUGAAGAUUGCCAAAGAAGUGGACCCACAGGGUCAGCGAACCAUUGGUGUGAUCACCAAGCUGGAUCUGAUGGACGAGGGGACUGACGCCAGAGAAAUUCUGGAAAAUAAGCUGCUCCCACUGCGAAGAGGUUACAUUGGUGUGGUGAACAGGAGUCAGAAGGACAUAGAUGGGAAGAAGGACAUCACAGCGGCCAUGGCUGCAGAGAGGAAGUUCUUCCUGACCCACCCUGGAUACAGACACCUGGCUGAACGCAUGGGCACCCCCUACCUACAGAAAACACUCAACCAGCAACUGACCAAUCACAUCCGGGACACUCUGCCGGGGCUGCGGGCCAAGCUGCAGAGCCAGCUGCUGUCUAUAGAGAAGGAGGUGGAGGAGUACAAGAACUUUAGACCUGACGACCCCUCCCGCAAGACCAAGGCCCUGUUGCAGAUGGUGCAGCAGUUCUCAGUGGACUUUGAGAAGCGUAUCGAGGGCUCUGGGGACCAGAUCGACACAGCAGAGCUGUCAGGCGGAGCCAAGAUCAACCGCAUCUUCCACGAGCGCUUCCCCUUCGAGCUGGUCAAGAUGGAGUUUAACGAAAAGGAGCUUCGCAAGGAGAUCAGCUACGCCAUUAAGAACAUCCACGGCAUUAGAACUGGCCUCUUCACUCCGGACAUGGCCUUUGAGACCAUUGUGAAAAGGCAGAUCGGCAAGAUCAAAGAGCCCUGCCAGAAAUGUGUGGACAUGGUCAUUUCUGAGCUAGUCAAUACCGUUAGGCAGUGUACUCAGAAGCUGGCUCAGUACCCCAUGCUGAGGGAGGAGAUGGACAAGAUUGUCACCCAGCAUAUCCGAGACCGUGAGAGUCGCACCAAGGACCAGGUGAUGCUGCUGAUUGACAUUGAGCUGGCCUACAUGAACACCAACCACGAGGACUUCAUUGGCUUUGCCAAUGCUCAGCAGAGGAGCAGCCAGGUGGCCCAGAAGAAGCAACCUGGCAACAAGCAGGAUGAAAUCAUGCCGGAGAGAGGAGCGGUUAAUGAUCGAUUUAAGGUGAUCAGGAAGGGCUGGCUGACCAUCAACAACAUUGGCAUCAUGAAGGGAGGAGCCAAGGAGUAUUGGUUCGUCCUGACCGCUGAGUCCCUGUCCUGGUACAAGGAUGAUGAGGAGAAAGAGAAGAAGUACAUGCUCCAGGUGGACAACCUGAGGCUGAGGGAUGUGGAGAAGAGCUUCAUGUCGAGCAAGCAAAUCUUCGCCCUGUUCAACACUGAGCAAAGGAAUGUGUAUAAGGACUACCGUCAGCUGGAGUUGGCCUGCGAGACUCAGGACGACAUAGAUGGGUGGAAGGCCUCCUUCCUUAGAGCCGGGGUGUAUCCAGAACGCGUCACGGAAAAGGAGGGCAAGCAGAGUGAAAGUGGAGACGGAGAGAACGGCUCAGAUAACUUCAUGCACUCCAUAGACCCCCAGCUGGAGAGGCAGGUGGAGACCAUCCGCAACCUGGUGGACUCCUACAUGGCCAUUGUCAACAAGACCAUCAGGGACCUCAUGCCCAAGACCAUCAUGUACCUCAUGAUCAACAACACCAAGGAGUUCAUCAACGCGGAGCUGCUGGCCAACCUGUACCACUCUGGGGACCAGAACAGCCUGAUGGAGGAGUCCCAGGAGCAGGCCCAUCACCGCGACGAGAUGCUCCGCAUGUACCAUGCCCUGAGGGAGGCCCUAAACAUCAUCGGAGACAUCAGCACUACCACUGUCACCACCGCCAUGCCGCCGCCUGUAGACGACUCCUGGCUGAGGCCGGGGGGAAACAACUCUGGGGGCAGGUCCCCAGCCAGCAGUCCCACUCCGAACAGAAGGGCUCCCCCAGGUCCCCCUGGUCGCCCUGUCUCCCGUGGCUCAGCCCCUGGCCUCCCUCCUGGCCCCCCUGUCCCCUCUCGCCCAGGGGCCUCCCCGGACCCUUUCGGUGGGCCUCCCCCAUCAGUCCCCUCCCGGCCUAACCGCGCACCCCCCGGUGUGCCCAGCCGAAGACCCCCGCCCUCACCAACCCACUAGACUACUGAGCCCCCUUCCCCUCCGACUCACCACCUACCCCACGGCAGAGAGACCAAGGACUGCAGAGCAACCUUCCUUACCUAGACCUGACCCUUCUUUCUCCUCUCCCUUCUCCACUAGAUGACACAGUCACGUCACACACGCACAAACCCACAGACAGACAGACCCAUUGUAUAUGAAUACAGAGAAAUGCAUUCACCCUCCACUGUAUAUUAAGGACCAUUGUAGAUAAGACUUCGAACACACUCAGACACACACAUUUACAUGUGUAAGUAGUCACACACUUAAACGGACAGGGCAGUGUAUGCGUGGGUGGAUUCAGCAAAUAUGGACGAGAGGGUUAAGGAACACUAUGCUGAAAUAUUUGUUCUUUCUCACCCUCCCCUUCAGAUGGCUAUUUCUGGUUGCUGACUUUCUUUCUUCCUCUCAUAUCUGAAUUAUAUUUUUUUCUCUGAUCAUUUGGGAUAUUGCUUAAUGAUCUUUUUAGUUCUGGUUGACAUGUUAUUCUGUGUGUUGAAUCUCUCUCGGGAGUAGAUGCAUUAUCCAUCUAUCUAGGAAAGUGGAGUGGAUCAGAAGGGAUAACUGCAUCUGAACAACAGCUUUCUUUUUGUUGUCUUCUGCUAUGAUCAUCAUGAUCCAUACUGGUCCCUAAAGUCACAGGCCCGGACAAACCUGACAUACAUGGGCAAGGGCCCUUUUAGUCGGAAAAACACCCAAAGAGAAAAUAUAUACAUUAAUGGUACUGACUCACGUGUCACAAUGUGGUAUCUAUCUCUGUGAUUUCUAUGUAUUAUUUAUGAUACACUGAUUCAUGUGUCCUAUUAUAUCUAACAUCACGACAGUGUUUCCUCGCCUCUGAGUUUGGGGACAUUUUCUCUCGUUAUGUUUCACUCACUUGUUCAUCCUUCACUUAAUCUGGCUUCAUUUUAUGUCCUCUUUCCUAUCUGUUUCUACUUGACUCUUUUUAUUGAAUAGCGGUCCAAGCAAGGGUGGGCCCUCUCACCCGAGAGCCCCCCUGCCUCCUUUUGACUCCUAGAAGCCCCCUUUUUUGCCCCUUGGGACCCCCUGACACCAAUCUCUUCUCUAACACUCCCCCCUUUCCACCACUCAGCCCCUACAUGUGAAUCCCACACUAUCCUUCACACACCAAUCAGAGAUCUCAGCAGCUCUUCACAACAGCCUCCCUCAAAGUAAGGGGGGAGCAAGAGAGAGGAAAUAAAUAAACGCGAACCCCGCCCUCUCGAAGUGGCCAUACCAUUCCUGUUCAUGGAUAGAAAAACAAAAUAUCUCUUCCUCCUCUUCAGUAGGACUGAGGGUGAGGAGAACAUGUGGAGCGUUCUUGCAUCUGUGUCCAUGUCCUACCUUCAGUAGCCACCAGGCCUUGCGUCACUGUGAAGGCCCAUUCUUAUGUGAUGUGAUAACCAUGAUGAUGAUGUAUUGCUGUGUCUGCAAUGAUACAACAAUUGUUCAGGUGUUCAGACUGUGAACUGGCCACAGGAGGUUGGUGGCACCUUAUUUGGGGAGGACGGGCAAGGACAUGGUUUCCAUGGGUUUGAUACCAUUCCAUUCGCUCCGUUGUUCACUAUGAGCCGUCCUCCCCUCAGCAGCCUCCUGUGGAUCUGGUGUAGAUCGGUGUAAAAUCCUCCUCGACCAGCUCCCUAAGGCACAUUUGAAGAGAUGCUUCCCUCUGUGCUUCAGUCUCUGUACUCCUGCCACAAGUGCUGGGGGGGGGGUUGUGAACUAGAGGGUCUCCUGCUAAAACCUGUGGCCCAACGUUGAGCAGAGUCAUCCGUCUGUCUCUUCUCCUCCUCUCCCACUUGUCAAUGAACCACUUCCCCACUAGUGAAACUCAGUACCUUAGCGAGGCGGGAUCUAAAUAGAAAGUGCAAUAUGUUCUUAUUGGACGGCUUAAUGAGAGCUGUCCACCAAUCACACCAGACUCAGAAUAGAUGCUCAGCCUGAGAGGAGGCAAGGAGACAGACAAGGCCCUAACGGUUCGUCACAAUACUGUCACAUGGCAUCCUUUCUCCUUUCCUCACAAGGAAAGCUCAAACAUUGAAGUUGUUUUCAGGAAGCCCAUUUAGAAGUGUUGCCAGUCCAAGAUGAGAUUUUUUGGACCCUGUGUUUGCAAAGAGCAGUGAGCGUAACAGGAGAACGUGUGUUGAAUAUCAUUGGAACUGUGUAAGUGUUGGGGCGGGGGACACUGAUUUUGGCAUGGCUUUUCAUUUUCUGUUCUUUCCUUUUUCCUUUCUUCUCAGUGGUCAAGGGGGUGAGUGAAGACGUCAGGUUUAAAACCACCAACAACCCAAUCAGUGAUGGUCUAUAUACAGAAACCUAUAUACACACACACACACACACACACCUACCUAUACAGUGCACCUCUCCCACUCCCAUGUCACUCAUGCGUUCCAUUGCUGUUUGAGAGAUGUGAGUUGACCCCCCUUUCCACCAGUGGACUCUGUAGUUUGUUGUAUUUUUGACCCCGUUGGUAGUAAUAGUACAUGGGCUCAUUAACCUACCCACAAACCCCUGUUUCAGUAUCCAUAUCGUACUCACCUCAUACAAACCUACCCCUCUUCACAACACCCUUGAGUCUUAGCAACAGCCAAUAAAUAAAGCUAUUAUGAAAUGAAUUAUUAAGAGUACAUUUUAUCAUGGACAUAUCUUACUUGUGUAAUGUAUCCUGUGUGGUGCAUCGUCUGAAACUGUGUUCCACUUGUGUAGACGUUAGUUGACACUGUAUGAAUACUGAAUAUUCAAUUAUUACAAAUAAGUGACUGAGUGUGGUGUACAAUGAAACAUGACAAAAAUAAAGACAAACAAAUAAGUGAAUAAUGUUAUAUGAAAUCCUUGGCUAUGGAUGUUGAGUAUUGGCAGGGUGUUUGAUUAGUAGUAUGUAGAAUAAUUUGUCGCUUGUCUCUCGGUCUCUGUCCGGAGAGGAAAUGGGGGUGGGGGGGGCAGAGUAAAUAUUUGUAUUCUGUCCUGCUGUGACGACUUUGUCCUGUAUCUUACUGCUGUCGGUGGAAUGUGUCUGUCCAACAGGUCUGCUUUGUCAAGACAUUAAAGUCAGAGUUACUGUUA